UUAGGCAAGACAAGGCAGCUUUGUUUGUAUGGCACAUUUCAUACAUGAAGGCAAUUCAAAGUGCUUUACAGAGCAAAAUUGAAACGGUGUCCUGGAGGGUCAACAACAAACGCAGGAGGACACAUAACGCGUCAUAUAGAUGAUAUGUGAGGAGAUGGGAUGAGAACGGGUUGUCCUUUAAGGCACAAUUAUUCCUCUUUUUUAAUUUGCUUUUUUAUAUAAAGCAAAUUCAAAGACACCUAAGUUGAAUAAACUGAACAGCAACAGAUCUCGACAACUAAAUUAGAAUAAAAAUAAUCGUAAUAGAUACACAUAGGCUAAAUAAAGACAUGUCAAAUGUUUCCAAGCAGGCAAUAUAAUGAAUGAUAUGCCUGUUAAAAAAUGUAACCAGAUAACAUACAACUGAAACAGAAGGAUUUGACCAUUAAGCCAGACCACUGACACAAAUCCAAUUAAAGGCAAUGUACUGUAACUUCGUGCGCAAAAUAAAGCUCAUUUUGCGCCACCACGCGUGACCUUGAAGGGACAGUUUUCGUCUCAAUUUUCCAAGAAAUACAAAAUAUUUUUCAGUGUAAGAUGAAGAAAAUCACUUGUCCGGACAAAGAAAGAUCAAAAUCCAAAAUUCUCUUCCGCUAAUCUCAUUUUUUUGCGCUUUGAGGCGAUAAAGAGAUGUUUUUAUAGAGCAGUUAGAAAUAGGCUGCAGUGUAGCUGUUCAUUCAUUAUAUAGUAAGAGAGUGGUUUGGCUGAAGCACCUACUUGAAGUAUGUAAUACCACACACACACACACACACACACACACACACACACACACACAGACACACACACACACACUUCAAACGAGCUUGUAAACGACUCCCUGCUACUUUUUAUUCUGCUUGUAAAACUGUGUUUCAACUACAGAGUUUUAAAAAGCUGUGUGCUCCACCGGGCCCAUCUGGCAGCAGGCUCCGAGGCCUACUAUCACAUUUCUGAGCACAAAAGGAAGAUGAGAUUUAUUUCCUAUACCGGGUAAAUACAGUCUAACCAUGUGAUCCACACUUGGACCAAUGGGCAGCCGGGAAGAAGGUAAGGGCAGGAAAAAAAAAUACUACCAUUUUAGGGGAGGAUGUAAGCCACUAUACCAGCCCAUCUAACGUUUUACAGUCGCACUUAAGUGUCUUUUUAUUGGAAUAAUAAAAUAAACAUGUCGCUAACGAAUUAUUAUUCCAUGAUGGGGCUCCAGACUGAGGAGCCGUACGGUGCACAUUUCAUCCCGGGAGGCUUGCAGGGUUCGACGGCCGGCUGCGCAAAGCCAGCCCGGAGAGCGGAUGAGGAGGAGGGGACCCCCGGCUCACACAUUCCGGAUUUUUCACAUUUUUCCAACAAACAGACGAGUUUAAACGGCUUCUCUCCCUGGGCGAACACCUCCGCUUCCUCCUCGCCCUCUUCUCCGCAGCUGCAGUCCACCCCCGGCGCCUCCAUCACCGGCCUCUUCCAUCCACAUCCCCUCCUGAGCCACCACCACCCGUACUACGGCCCGCAGGCGCAGAGCCACACCGAGCACCUCGCAUCCGCGGCCGCCUCCGAGAGCAGGUUCGUCCGCUGCUGGGAGGGGGGGACUCCCACCUCGGAGACCUCUCUGUCACACACCGGCUUCCCCGGGUGUGUCCCCGCUCAGGGUGACCUCUCCGAUCCGAGCCCGAGGUACGAGGCGGUAGAACCCGAGAGUUCACCGCCGUCACAGGACAGCCCCGGGGAUUCCAGCUUCGCCUCCCCGACUGAGGUGGUCCUCGAGCGGCUUGGGACCGUGGAGGAGCUCGGGAGGAAGCCGGAGCUCAAAAAGGAGGACGAGGAAAGAAAAACAAAGCCACCGCUCGACCCGGAAAACCCAUCAGCCAGUUGGAUCCAUGCUAAAUCCACCCGGAAGAAACGGUGUCCGUACACCAAACACCAGACCCUGGAGCUGGAGAAGGAGUUCCUCUACAACAUGUACCUGACCAGGGACCGGCGCCUGGAGGUGGCAGGACUCUUAAACUUGACAGAGAGGCAGGUCAAAAUCUGGUUCCAGAACAGACGGAUGAAGAUGAAGAAGCUGAUGAUCCGGGAGAGGAGGGGUGUGAAUGAAUGAUGGAUCUGGAGGAGAGGCUGCGGGGAUGUUUGUUUUUGCCAGGGAAGGUGAGGAGGUGGUGAUGUUAUAGCUGAUAAAUGAAACGCCACAAGAUGCCCAACAUCUUAAACAUCAGCUGGCAUGAGCAGCUGUUACUAAUCAUCGGAUUGUGGAGCUAACAUGGCUGCUUUGGAUAACUGCAGUGGUGAAACUGUGCGGGGGAGGCCAGGAUGCGUUGUAACACUUUUACAGAAAAAUAUUCCUUUUAAUGUCUUAUGGCUUUUUCAUGUCAGGUCCUCUGAACUCUGGUGUACAAUUCUUCCAUCUGCAUGUAGCAAAAUGAAGACAGUCAACCUGUCAGCUGGGGUUCUUGUAAAUAAUGCUCAGAAUAAAAUGUUCAAAUUUACAGGACGAUCCAUAAAUUGAAUUAAGAAAACAUACGAGUAGAUAUCAAAGACUUUGCUCAUUUUAAAACACAUCUGGUUUUGAUGAGGCUGUAUAUCUCACAUGUCCAAAACUGAAACUACUUGACACAUACUUGACUUCACAUAAAUUGUCUGUGCUUUGUGCCAAACUGUGAAUUGCAUUUUAUGAUUUAAUGCUAAAACUCCUCAUAAAAACUGCUUUCAGCGUGCCAGACCUGACUGUACCACUUCUGCUACGGCCUGAAAUACUCGCCAAGUGUUUAUUUGUAAAUUGAAUAAAAUACUUGGGGGGAAGAAACCUGAACAAACAGAAGCUGGACACUUAAUCAUAAUAAUAAUGCCUAAAAUAUAGAAGAGAGUGAGACAAAAUCUAAGAGAUUAAAUGGUGACUUUCUGUGGUAACUAAACAGGACUAUGAGGACUUGGUGUGUUUAAUUGAUCCCUUUGCUGGCUUUGAUUUAAAGGUGAAAUCUGUUGAUAUUCUUGGUUUAAAAGACUGUCAUUUGAAGUGAUUUGCAUGGUCCAGUGUUGGCUGGACUUCCUGUCAGUGUACUGUUAUUCAGUCUCAUUGCUCCUGGCUGACAAUACCAUAACCAGUGGUGCAGUGGUAGUUGAUGGGGUGGGUGAAGGACGAGGUAGGAUGAGUAGGUUCCUGAAGAGGAGGUGAGUAUACUCUCCUACAUAGUCCAAUGGCUUUUUGGCCGAUAGGAGGGUAUACUCCAUAUACCCUCCACUACACCACUGAUCAUAACCCUCAGACAAAUGUGAUUGUAUCAAACGUCAACAUUUUACACAAAAUGUAAAAUUGCUGUUUUCAUAUGUGAAUUAGCACAUGGAAUUAACAUGCACCUAUUGUAUGAAUUUACCAUGUGAACUAUCCGAAGAUCACGUGUAGGCUGUAUGUGAAAUCCUCACAUGUGAAAUGUUUUUUCUUUAUGAAAUUGACAAAUGAAAUGUGAGUUAAAUGUGAUGUUGCAACACUUUCUCACUCUGACCUCGUCACAUAUUGCUGCUUGGUCAGUGAACUUUGACGUCCACAUAUGACGUGCAAGGUACCCUGGGUGUGUUGGUUGUUGAUGUUCUGGGACGCCGUGUCAACUUCAGCCUGUUACAUGCAUUGUCUGUUUUCAAAAUACACUUCGUUUUCACAGGAAAAUUCAUUUUGCAUACAGUCUCUUUUAGAAUAAAUGCACUACGACUGUACAACACCGCAAAUUGACUUUUUUUCCCCCUCAACAACACACGCACGUUUGGGUUUGGAAAAGAAGGGUUUGGCUUUACAAUCUUACCUGAAGUUAACACCAGCCUCCCGGGGGGAAAGUCAGUGGUUGUUGGAUAAGAUGAAAUGUUACAACACUCUCUGCUUCUCAAAGUCAAAAAUGCUUCCCUGGUAGGACGGGUCCAAGCCGGAUCCUGCAGAGGCUUGGCAAGAGUCCUUCCUAGCAUUUGCUGAACACGCAUUGGAAUAGGCAAGCAAGUGCCCAGGUGUUUCGUUGAAGAGGCCUUGCCUUCAGCUCCAAAUCAUGCUGAAAUAAUUGCAGGCACUUCUUGACUGCUAAGGAUACACACAUGCAUCCUUAAAAAUUAUUUGAAGAAAGGACUCGGUCCUCGUUACAAUUCGAAGGAUGCCUUGACAUUGGAACAGUCCUCCAGCAGGAUUUGAUGAUGUGACCUCCUUGAAUUUCAGCUGUUUAAGAAUCCUUUCUUGACUUUGAGAAACACCACCUGACUCUGGAUGCGCUGCCAUAUUGGCUGUAGAUCCAAUCCUGCUACCCGGUCUCACUCCGAAGUUGUCAAAAUCCGGUGCUUGGUCAGUGACUUCCAGCGUCAGACACAGACGUAAAAACCUGUCCUUUCACAUCGGCAUGAUACGCAGCGUCAUGAAAAUUAUUAAAAAAGGUGGCGGAAGUCCGAGUACGGUGGGCAGGACUGGUUGUGGAUGGUCCAACAAGCACCGAGCUUCACCUGAGAGGCCGGUGUUCGCUUCCCGUAUGAUUGUAAAGCCAAACCCUGUUCUUCUUCCUAAACCCAACCACAUGCUUUUGUCGCCUAAACUUAAUUACAAUGCAUGUAACAGGCUGAAGUUGACACAGAGUCCCAAAUCGUCAACAACCAACACACCCAGGGUACCUUGGACGUCAUAACUCGACGUGGCAAUUCCAUGACCAAAUGUCGAUAUGUGACGAGGGCGGAGUGAGAAUGUGUUGCCAGAAGUCAAAAGCUAACAUUAGGCUAUAAACAACCUACAAUAUGGUUGCACGACCUAGCGUCACCACCAUAACAAGACUGUAAAGUCAUGUUUGGCGUGAUGACGUUCUGUUGUCUCACCUCUGUGUGUCUUUUUUAAGACUCAUACAAGCUUCAGAUUUCACGAGUGGGGUAUUUACUGUUGUCUUUUAUGUCAUAAAACAAAACGUGAAAGUCUCUUAACCUUAACCUUCUGACAUUAAGACGAGGGAACGGGGAGUGAAUUAAAUGCUAACUCGUGUACAGGUUUAGGACUCAUUCCUGGGGCAUAGGAACAGAACAGUAUGUCAAAUCUGCAACAUUUUAAUUCUAAAAUAAACAAACGAGCAAAUUAUUAAAAAACUGUAAUAUCAAAAUUACUUUUGAGUGAUUCGCAGUGUAUUUCAGGUGUGUUCAGGUGCUGUCAGACUAACCCUGCAACACACAGAUAAUCAUGUGUUGUUGUUUUUUAAUCUUGCUCCUGAUUGGAGCAAACCUCUGUGAUACAACCAACCCCAGUCUCCCCUAAAAUAAUACCCAGAGGGGACCUUUAACAUUUUGACAGAAAAAAAGCGUUUUUGUUUAGUUUUGUUUUUUAUAAACUGUGCAUGGAGCCGAAUGGGCCUAUUUGUUGUUAUUGUUGUUGUUAUUGUGUUGUUGCUGUGUAUAUCUGUUGUUAAUGUGGGUCUAAUAAUGUGCAGAUCAUGCCUACACAAACACACACACACACACACACACACACACACACACACUCACACACCAGUCAUGCUAAGCUACAGUGUGACAGCAGUCUGAUGGUUAUUUCCACGGUUACCUCCUGUAAACAGCUACAGUCCAUGUCAGAAACAGACACAACGCACAACUUAUAUUUUUCACGUCAGAAUGAACCAUCACAUGCAGUUGAAACAUCACAGGACUAUUAUGGGAUGUCAGUAUUUUAGUGUUGUUUUUUCCCGAGGAUGAGAUGGAGUCAGAAACACGCCGUUCUCUCUGGAGACAGAGGAAACCCAACAGGCUAUGUUAGCCUACAGCUGCAGCCCCGCGCUGCGACUGAACUGGAGUCAGGAUGUGACGACACGAGGCCUUCAUCAUGCUCUCAUUUACGCUCAAUAUGCUGCUCGUGGGGAUUUUUAUAAAAGUCAAAUAAAAAUGA